GAGAACUCAGGAGAAGCUGAAGUGAAGCUGAUACAAGCCCUACUAGAAGAGUAGAAGUUACGAAGUACCUACUAGAAGUUUCAAGCCCUUCCAGAUACUAGUUCUAGUUCUAGUAAAGUAAAGCAGAGGAGCAGAGAAAUUGUGUAAAAAUAUUCGGAAAGGAGAAUAGAGAAGAUUUGUGAAAAUCAGCAAGUGUCAGGGUGCCAAGAAGCACAACAUUAUCACGAUUCAUCGGGAAGUGUUGGCCCGCAGAGAUGUACUGGAUAUUAACUUAUAUGACAAUUGGAUCAUCUAAGUGUAAGCCACCUUCCCUUCUGGUUUGCGAAACCGAAAUUUGUAGCAUCGAAUUCAAGGUUGCGUGUUUUGGAACGACGAACGAUUGAACCUUGGCCGACAGCGGCCACACCCAGGUAUACUGAAUCUAGCUCCUCUAUCCGGUAGUUGAAAACCAAGAGCUCGAGAUCUGUAUCCGGGUAAUGCACCCCAAGUGUUUGAUAAAAGGUCUAGCAUAUGGUAUGCGUCGACAUCGACAAAUCAGGCCAUGUUGGUUUGACAUGAGGCCGUACUCAAGAGUUUCACCGCCACCACCUGUGUGUGUUGAGCCUGUCCUACGAGUUUCCAACAACAUAGCCCGUCUGGGGCCUCCCAAGGAAGGCCCGAAGCCUAGGCAAGUCAUGUCUUUGCCUCCAUUCCCUGCUCACGCCUUGCCUGGGAAGGACUCGUCUUCUACUGCUUCAACUGGGGUGCCCUCUCGUGUCACUGCCAUUAGUUGGGUCAAGUAUUACUUCGACGAAAUCCCCGGCUCUGUCAUUCAAUCCCAUUUCAACAAGGGCCUUGUGCGUGCAGUUACAAGCGUUCAAGUGGAAGGCAAUGGCUCCACUGGGUCGCCCAUUCAGAGUAGAGGACAAACAAGACCCAUGAGAAAGAUUAAGCACAAUGAGAUCAUGGAGGUGGGGGCAAGAGUAUAUGUACCUGUAUCCGUUGCAGAAUCUAGAAUUUCAAAGAGAUUUGACACCAUACCAAGUGGAACACUAUGUCCAAAUGCAGAUGAGAUAGAGUACUUGCAGAGGCUUGUCAAAUACAAGGACUCUGCUAUUCUUGUACUCAAUAAGCCACCCAAACUGCCAGUAAAGGGAAACCUGCCAGUUCAUAACAGCAUGGAUGCAUUGGCAGCUGCUGCGUUGUCUUACGAGUAUGAUGAAGGUCCUAAAUUGGUGCAUCGUCUUGACAGAGAAGGCAGUGGCGUCCUUUUGAUGGGAAGAACAAAAGAAAGCAUUUCUUAUCUUCAUUGGUUGUUCAGCCACGUAAAAAGUACAAAAUCCUCAUCUAAGGCUUGGAAUGAUGCUUGUGAGGCAACAUAUCAGAAGUAUUGGGCAUUAGUCAUAGGGUCUCCCAAGGAAAACGAAGGCUUCAUUUGUGCCCCUCUCUCAAAGGUACUUCUAGAUGAUGGGAAAACUGAGAGGGUUAUAAUGGCUAAUUGCUCUGGUUUAGAAGCUUACCAAGAGGCUGUAACUGAAUACAGGGUGCUUGGUCCAACGAUAAAUGGGUGCUCAUGGAUUGAAUUGCGUCCACACACAAGCCGGAAACAUCAGCUGCGGGUACACUGUGCUGAAGCUCUGGGAACACCAAUUGUGGGCGACUACAAGUAUGGAUGGUUUGUGCAUCGUAGAUGGAAACAAAUGCCUAGAGUUGAUAUCGAGCCAAUUACAGGGAAACCCUACAAGUUGCGGAGGCCAGAAGGUUUGGAUGUUCAAAAAGGAAGUGUGCUAUCUAAGGUUCCAUUGCUACAUUUGCACUGCAGGGAGGUUGUGCUUCCCAACAUUUCAAAGUUUGUGGAGGAGGAGCUUCAUAAUAAGAAGAAGAAACAGAAGAGCAGCAGCAGCAACUCAAAGCCAGAUGUGCUUCGUUUUGUGGCGUCAAUGCCAUCCCACAUGAAAAUCAGUUGGAACCUGAUGUCCUCUUACCUUGUAUAAUAAACAAAGCGCACAAGCUUCCACGGGCCACGCCCUCGUCUUCUUGACUCGCUCUGCGUCAAAUUUUGAUGCGCUUUUAAUUACUUUGUGCAAUUUUAUAGAUUUCAUGUAUGUUGGCACCGUUGCCAGACCUGCUUUUUUUUCAGUUUUGGUAGUAAAGCUAAAAUUAUUCUGGUGACCCAAAGGGAAUGAAUUUGAGUUGUGAAUGUUAUUCAGAAAAAGAAAAUCAUAAAUUCUGAAAAUAGUCUCUUUAUUAAGUGCAGUGUAAUGGUACCUAU